GAGGGAAAGUUGUAAAGCGGAAACUUAGUGGCAGAAUAAGAGUUGAUCUCAUACUCAUCAAGUCUUCGCAAAAAUUGAGCUGAACUGAUCGAGCAAAUAACUACAGAAAUUCAGUUUAUGAAUUCAAAUGAAUCGCUCAACUUCAGAAAACCGCGGUUUAAUAACCGCUCCAGGCAUUAUUAUCGCUGACAUGACAUUGUCAACAAUCGCCAUUUUACUUGGAUUUCUUGGAAACGCAGGAGUUUGCUUUCUCCUCAGGAAGCGCUCAGAUCUGCGUAAGGUUCCACACUAUUUACUUGCCAGCCUUGCCGUGAAUGGAGUUUUCUCGUGUCUGCUGAAUUUGCCAUCUCGUUUAGCCAUGAUUGUGAUGGUUCAUCUCUUGGACAUCCCAGUGUCUGCUGAAGUCGCUUGUCAUAUUCUUGUACCAAGCAGUUUUGCUUGUAGUAUUCUCAAUGCUGUGACGCUAUCAUUGAUGGCGAUCGACCGACAAGACUGUGUCCUGAGACCAUUUAACCGACGCAUGUCAAAACGCAAUAUCACCAAAGUUAUAGCAAUCUCGUGGAUAGGGACAUCAGUUUUAACAUCUGCCAUAAUUGUAUACACGUUUUUUCGCGAAUCUGAAGAAUGUGACAUUAUUUCCAAGAUAGAAGGAAGCGAUCCAAUUUAUGUUUACCUCAGUAUUCUCACGGUAUCAUUUAACGUGGUUUGCGUCUUAAUUAUUGUCAUAGCAGCACUUCGCAUUGUAAAAAGACUGCGUUCCUCUCCCUUACCAGAAGCAAGAAGCCAACACAGGCGCCAAGAAAACAAACUAACAUGGCUGACUUACAAGAUCUGUGGUGUUUUUCUUGUGUGUUGGCUGCCCCUGUUUGUCUGCUUUCCUCUAGCUCAAUUUGGCAGAAAUUCCGACGACAUACUGGUUGGAGCUCUCAUUAUUACCUUAGCAGUGUCGAAUUUUAACUACGUAGUGAAUCCCUUUCUUUAUUACAAAAUGCUAAAACAGAGGCCAGUAAAUAUUCCAAAAGUAGCUGUGGUAGUGGCGAGAGAUAGAGAAAUGAACUCUUCAACAACAUGUCAACAAUGA